CUGAAGGUUGUCGCUGUUGAACGGACUCGGAGGGUGACUACUGGCUGACGCCGCUUGUGUCACUCGUGGCUGUAGGGGAACUUGACCGCGGCGGACCGCGGGUGUGGCUUCAAACGUGACAAAUCUCCACCGCGUGGAAAGAAUGCGUGACGUGCAAAGACAGUAGGACAAAGACUUCUCUAAAAUAACAAAAAGCGUCCAAUGUAAGCGCGCGUGCCGACUCUUUUUGAUUACCCUGACUCGCUUUUUCUUUUUUUUUUUUUUUUUUUGGUACAGCUGGAAUACUUUUUUUUUUUUUCUCUCUCUUUCUCAGGAACUUCCGGAGACGAUUUUCGUGAGUUUAUCAUGCUUUAAGGGAAUUGUCAAAUUUGUUCAAACGUAACAAAAGUAGCCUGCCCGCAUUAUAAAAAAAAGAAAUAAAGAAAAAAGUUUUUAGGGCUGCUUCUUCCAAAAGAGGCACUCAUGCUGCUUUUGUGACCGAGCAAGUGGCUCGAUUUGACGGCAAAAGGGGUUCGGUGAACCGUCCCUCACCCAAAAAAAGGGAAGUCGCUUUACUCAACUUUUAGAUUUUUUUUUCUUCAAACAAAGGCAUCGAGCCUCGUAUUCUUCCCCCAAGUGAUUUGUACCACUAAAGCAGCAGUCCUGAAGCGAGCACUCGGAACCAUGGGCUGCACCGUGAGCCAGGAGGAUAAAGCCGCGGCCGAGAGGUCCAAAAUGAUUGAUAAGAACCUGCGAGAAGAUGGAGAGAAGGCGGCCAGAGAAGUGAAACUGCUGCUACUGGGUGCUGGGGAGUCUGGAAAGAGUACCAUCGUAAAGCAGAUGAAGAUUAUCCAUGAGGAUGGCUACUCAGAAGAGGAAUGCAAGCAGUACAGGGCAGUUGUGUACAGCAACACCAUCCAGUCAAUCAUGGCCAUCGUCAAAGCCAUGGCCAACCUCAAGAUCGACUACGAGGAGGCUGCAAGGGCGGACGAUGCCCGCCAACUGUUUGCCCUGUCUGCAGCCGCGGAGGAGCAGGGCAUCUUGCCGGACGACUUGUCAAAUGUCAUCCAGCGACUGUGGGCCGACGGCGGUGUCCAGAGCUGCUUCACACGGGCCCGAGAGUAUCAGCUCAAUGACUCUGCUUCCUACUAUUUGAACGAUUUGGAGAGGAUAGCCAAGCCUGAUUACAUCCCCACACAGCAAGAUGUGCUGCGAACCCGAGUCAAGACCACAGGCAUUGUGGAAACACACUUCACCUUUAAAGACCUGCACUUCAAGAUGUUUGAUGUUGGAGGCCAGCGCUCAGAAAGGAAGAAGUGGAUCCACUGUUUUGAGGGCGUCACAGCCAUCAUAUUCUGUGUGGCCAUGAGUGCCUACGACCUGGUCUUGGCUGAAGAUGAGGAGAUGAAUCGGAUGCACGAGAGCAUGAAGCUGUUUGACUCCAUCUGCAACAACAAGUGGUUCACAGAGACGUCCAUCAUCCUCUUCCUCAACAAGAAGGACCUGUUUCAGGAGAAGAUCACCCAGAGCCCGCUGACCAUCUGCUUCCCCGAGUACACCGGCCCCAACAAGUACGAAGAGGCGCAGGCGUACAUCCAGACUAAAUUCGAGGACCUGAACAAGAAGAAGGACACCAAGGAGAUCUACCCCCACUUCACGUGUGCCACCGACACCAAGAACGUGCAGUUUGUGUUUGACGCCGUCACCGACGUCAUCAUCAAGAACAACCUGAAGGACUGCGGCCUCUUCUGAGAGCAGGGAAGCGCCCGUGGAACUAAACACACAUCCUGAACGACUAACACUGGCCAGCAACCAUCUCGUUUUCAACCUGCAAGAGACUGCCAAGCCCAGCAGCUUUGCAGCACGUCCACUUGUCAACUCUCUUUGGGCUAUGACCACAAAAUGAGCAUUUAUUCUUUAUCUUCUAUUUUUCUUCAACAUUUUUUGUAUGUAAUUGCUUUCAUUUUACUUUUAGAGUCCCAUUAUUCAAUUUUUAAUCACAUCAAGCUUAUUUUUAAAGAGAUGACGCACACGCAUGGACUCCAGAUAUGAUUCAUAUAGGAUUAUUUUUUUUAAAUAAUAAUGUUUACAUAGGUUCAACAUCAUCAUUCAUAGCUUGUAUUCUGCAUGACUCAACAUGACGCUGUUAAUUCUUAUUAGUAUUCUCCACAAAUGAUCUAACAUUCCAAAAGAAUAAAAAGUAUUAAUAAAAAGCAGAUGAGACCGCAAGGUUCUUUCUGAUAUUUAA